UUCGGGGUAGUCUGGCAGCAGUGAGCUGCUUUCUUACACGCGGCGCUUUUGAUCCUUUCCCAGGUUAAUCGUUCGUGCUCAAGUGCUGUCUCUUUGCACAAAUAUUUAGGUGCCCUACAGCUUUCUUUCAAGAUGUCUACAGUCCAUGAAAUUCUAAGCAAGCUUAGCCUUGAAGGAGAUCAUUCUCUCCCUCCAAGUGCUUAUGCCACAGUUAAGGCCUACUCAAACUUUGAUGCUGACCGGGAUGCUGCAGCCCUGGAAACAGCCAUCAAGACCAAAGGUGUGGAUGAGGUCACCAUCAUCAAUAUCCUGACAAACCGCAGCAAUGAACAGAGGCAGGAUAUUGCUUUUGCUUACCAGAGAAGAACCAAAAAGGUUUGCCAGACCCCAAAUGGUAAUCCUCCAAUAGCAGCCCAGAAUGCUCAUCCGCAACCAAAUGAACUUUCAGCAGCACUCAAGUCUGCUCUGUCGGGUCAUUUGGAGGCGGUGAUAUUGGGCUUGCUGAAGACACCAGCCCAGUAUGAUGCCUCUGAAUUGAAAGCUGCCAUGAAGGGUCUGGGAACGGAUGAAGACACACUCAUUGAAAUCAUCUGCUCACGAACAAAUCAGGAGCUUUAUGAAAUUAACAGAGUCUACAGGGAAAUGUACAAGACAGAACUGGAAAAGGACAUUAUAUCAGACACAUCUGGUGACUUUCGCAAGCUAAUGGUUGCCUUGGCCAAGGGCAAAAGGUGUGAAGAUACGUCUGUGAUUGAUUAUGAGCUGAUUGACCAAGAUGCUAGGGAACUCUACGAUGCUGGUGUGAAGAGAAAGGGAACUGAUGUGCCCAAGUGGAUCAACAUUAUGACUGAAAGAAGUGUUCCCCACCUCCAAAAAGUGUUUGAUAGGUACAAGAGCUACAGCCCAUAUGAUAUGUUGGAGAGCAUCAAGAAGGAAGUUAAGGGAGACCUGGAGAAUGCCUUCCUUAAUCUUGUCCAGUGCAUUCAGAACAAGCAGCUGUAUUUUGCAGACAGGCUGUACGAUUCUAUGAAGGGCAAGGGAACCCGGGACAAGGUUCUGAUCAGGAUUAUGGUCUCCCGCUGUGAGGUUGACAUGCUGAAAAUUAAGAGUGAAUUCAAGAGGAAAUAUGGAAAAUCCCUCUAUUACUUCAUCCAGGUAAGUUUUCAGGUUUCUUUUUAUAUCAAUUGUAUGACCUUCGCCGUGGUCUUCAUUGGACUAAUAGCACCAUUAGAAUCCAUGGAAGAUUUUUUUUAGAGGCUGCAGUGACAAUAGUAGAUCAUUACUUUACUUUGCAGGCUACAGCCAGUACAAUUCUAGGCAGCCAU